AUGGGUCAGACAACUGAUGCCUGGUGGACACGGGUGGAAAGAAUUAUGCCAUAUGUACCAUUAGUAAUUUCCACAAUUGGGAGAAAGAGAGACGCAGGGGAUGCUGAUUUUAAAGCUGCUGCUGAAGAUGGUGUUUUUACCAAAGAAGAAAUCAAAUCUGUAUUUGGUAUUGAUGACAAAGGUUUGGCUAAAUUCAUAGAAACUUAUGAUAUGGAUGACAAUGGUGUCGUAAAAGUUGAAGAGUAUGAAGAAGUUGUCGCACUCGCCGAAAGUAGGUAUCCAUCUUCUUCCCAAUGUCAAAGUUAUUAUGAAGACAAAGUUCACAAUAGCUUAACGACCUUUCUUGUGGACAACUGUCAAGGCCAAGUUCAAAAUGCGACAGCUCUGACUAGGUUCCAUAAUCGCAAGCCCCUAAGGGAUGCUCAGAGUUCUCUUAAGAAAAUUGUCGAAAAUUGA